CUAAAUAAUAAUGAAUCCAAACUCAUUCAAGCUCUACAAAUCAAUUUGUUCUGCAGUGACAUCGACUGGCUUGACAUUCACCAACUUUACAAAUAAAUCAUUUCUUGGGAGAUCAGUUUAAUAUUUAGAGUAUAUGAAUAUCGAUAUUAUGUUAGCCACUUGAUUUACACAAAGGCUCCAAGAUUAUCAUACAUUGAGCAUUACGCUCCAGUAUAUACACCCAAACGAGUCACUUAUGCUGCCCCAAUCUGUUUGGCUUUAGCUGGCACUGUAUUAAUAGCUGAAGUAAGAAAAUAAUAAUAAAUAAUUGAUAGAUUGCUUGGACCAACAAUGCCAAAGAAUAAGCAAAUAAUUAUUUUGUUGCAACAAGAGAAUGAAAUAUAUUAUUUAGAAA